ACAAUUGGCCCGCGGGCCGCCUGUUGCCGACCCCUGCUCUAGGGCGAUGUUCAGUUGUUCUAUCCUCCAAGUUUGGCUGUCUUUUCACGCAAAAAUGAUCCCGUGGUCCACUACCGUGGACAUAUACAAAAUAAAAGAACAUUUUCAAAAGUCUAAAUUGUAAGAUGUUUAAAGACUAAAUAAACAGGAAAUUACACCCCCCAAAAAUAAAUGUAAUGGAAAACCCCACUUUUACUGGGCUCCCAGGGGGUUAUGACCGAUCGCUGUAUGACUAUUGCGAUCCCUUUCAUUACCUUUGGAAAAUGGCUUUGAGAAUGUUGGCUACACAAAUAGUGUCAGCAUACAGAAGGCCAUGUUGGGAGAUAGUCCCUUUCAUUGCAAAUCCUCAGAGACUAUAAAAAUGGCGCUUGCAGUGUUCCUUCACGUCCGUACCGUCGAGAGAUAAAGCCGGUGUGUCUGUGUUCAAUUCAUUACAACCACCAAACCACCGCAUUUGACGUCAUGUCAGGAAGAGGCAAAGGAGGUAAAGGACUCGGCAAGGGAGGCGCUAAGCGUCACCGUAAAGUGUUGAGAGAUAACAUCCAGGGCAUAACCAAGCCCGCAAUCCGUCGCCUUGCUCGUCGUGGCGGCGUGAAACGUAUCUCAGGCUUGAUCUACGAAGAGACUCGUGGUGUUUUGAAGGUAUUCCUUGAGAAUGUUAUCCGUGAUGCUGUUACGUACACCGAGCAUGCUAAGAGAAAGACCGUGACUGCCAUGGACGUCGUCUACGCUCUCAAGCGCCAGGGACGUACUCUGUAUGGUUUCGGCGGUUAAUCUACAAUUUUGACCUGUUUCGACACUUGACCCAAAGGUUCUUUUAAGAGCCACCCACACCCUCUGUAAAGACUCUUCCAUAUUCAAUUCAGGGUUGAAUACGAUACAUU